AUGGAGGAGAUUAAAAAGGAGAUCAAUCUAGACUCCGUCUUGGAGAGUUUGGGACCAUAUGGCAGAUACAACCUUCUGAACUUCGUACUGCUUCUCUUCCCGAUUCUUCUCAGCAGCUUCUUCGAAUGUGGAUUCAUAUUUGAAGCUCAGGAACUGACUUACAGGUGUGACGUGAAUGGCUGCGAGCAACGCUUCAACGACACCUCCUGGAUCAGCUAUGCCAUCCCGACCAACCAAGUCCAUAACAAACCAGAGUCAUGCAUGAUGUAUGUUCCGUUAAACAACUCAGAGUUCCAGUGCCUACCUCACAAUUUUGAUUUGAACAAAACUAUGGCCUGUGACAAAUUUGUCUAUGAAGAUGAACAUUCACUAGUAAAAGAGUUCAACCUUGGCUGUCAGGAAUGGAAGAGGGCUUUGGUUGGAACCAUUCACAACUGUGGGAUGUUCGUUGCAAUGUUGUUCACUGGCGCCAUAUCUGAUCGGUUUGGGAGGAAAAUGGCUGUUGGCUUCGCGGCCACCACCAGCUUUAUAUUCGGUUUCUCCAGAUCGUUUGCGCCAAAUUACCUGACCUAUGUAGCAUUACAUUUCUUGGAGGCAGCCUUUGGUGGCGGAUUAUACCCGUCAGCUUAUGUCUUUAUUAUCGAGCUGGUUGGCCUUAAACAGCGAGUUAUAGUAUCCGCCAUGUGCAAUAUGACCUUUGUCAUAGGCGUCGUCCUCAUUGCCCUCCUUGCUUGGGUGGUUGAAAGCUGGCGUACCUACAUCCUCAUUCUCUACUGCCCGGCCUUAAUUGUGGUCAUCUACAUCUGGUUCAUGAAUGAAAGUGCCCGCUGGCUCCUGAGUAAAGGCAAAAGGGACAAAGCCGUAUCCGUACUUAAAAAAGCAGCAAAAAUCAACAAUUUGGAUCCAAGAAAACUUGAACUGGACUUCUUGGGAGAUCCUUUACUUAAGGCUGAGAGUCAGACGACGGAUAAGAAGUCUCAAUUGUCAAAAGCGAUACGUUCAAGCAUAAUAUGGAAAAGACUGAUGAUUUGUUCGUUUUUAUGGAUGACUUGUUCCCUGGUAUACUAUGGGCUGUCAAUAAACUCUGUAUCUUUAAGCAGUAAUAGGUACGUGAGCUUCAUGCUGGUGACUUUGGUGGAGAUCCCAGCGUAUAUUGUGGUUGUGAUAGUACUGGACAAGUAUGGGAGAAAACAGACUCUGGUCGCCACCUACCUUACUUGCGCGUUGAUGAGUUUGCUGUUCGCGUUCUUGCCUAGAAACGACUACUGGUCCAUACCCCUGUACCUGAUUGGGAAAUGGAGUGUGACACUCGCCUACAGUUCCGUCUACAUCUACGUGUCUGAAGUGUUCCCUACAAAUAUGAGACAGACUUUAAUUAGUAUGUGCUCCAUGGCUGGAAGGAUCGGCUCCCUUAUAGCGCCGAUGACUCCAUUAUUGUCUUUGUACCACAAAUCGAUGCCGACAGUAAUAUUUGCUGCCAUGUGCCUGAUAUCCAGCACCCUGGUGAUGAUGCUCCCGGAGACCAGGAACAUGAGGCUACCAGACACGAUCGAAGAAGCAGAAGCACUCUCCAAGAAGAGAACCAAGAAUUGA